ACCGAAGGUCACACGAGUAGUUCUGUUGCACACCAUAACCUUAAAAAACAUGUGUUUGUAAAUUUGUAAUGCGGAAAAAAUGGUACAAACUACGGAUUUUUACAAUACGUGCCUCUCAGAUUUUAAGGAGAUAACGCACAAACCUACAAAUUUCCUCCAGAUUAGUGACCCUCUUUGUGAGAAAAUCAAAACUAGCUUAAAAAAAUGUUACGAUUACGCGAAAGCGGAGGAAAUCACCAGAACGGACGCUUUGCCACAAUUAAAUGUAAAAAAUUUCGACUUGGAGCAAAUUUGGCAACAAAUCGAGUUACAAAACGAGAAUUUAACCACCAAAAGUGUGACUUGUGUUAGCAGACUAAUCGCUGGUAAAAGCCGACUUUUAUUUAAAAAUCUAGACAAGAGUGGAAUUAGCGAUGACGGAAGUGAAGUUGAAGAAAACGAUGAUGGAAGUGAAGUUGAGGAAAAUUCGGAGCAUUCUGACACCAGUGGUGAUGAAUCAAACGAUUUAAACGACGUGGAGAGCUCUGAUGAUGAAGUCGAGACGACCGAAACGAGCAAACCCGUAAAACGGUCAAUCGUCGACGAUGAUUUCUUCAAACUGGACGAAAUGGAGCGUUUUCUUCGCGAAGAGGAGAAGAAAGAGGAAGGUGUUGAUUCCGGCAACGAUUCUGAAUCUGAGGCAAGUGUUGAUUUAUUUGAGGCUGAUUCCGAUGACUCGGAAGAUCACGCAAAGACGGCGAAAUACAAAGACUUCUUCGUCCAAAAUGAAGAAAAGCCGUCGACUUUCGAAUUGCGCCAAAAGCGUCUGGCUAAGAAAAUCGAAGAAAUUGAAGAGGAAGCAAUUCAGGACAAGACUUGGCAAUUAAAGGGUGAAAUAACGGCCGAGAAACGGCCCCAAAAUUCGCUCCUUGAGGAGGUCGUGGAGUUUGAUAUGACGACAAGGCCGCCCCCUGUAAUGACCGAACAAACCACAAUGCAGUUGGAGGAUAUCAUAAAAAGAAGAAUCAAAGACAAAGUGUUUGAUAGUGUGGAACGUAAGGCAAAGCCGGUGGAAAAUUUGUUAGACUAUAAGAAAAAAAUCGUCUUGGACCAGGAAAAAAGCAAAGAGUCUUUGGCACAAAUCUACGAGAAGGAGUUUCUUCAAGCGCAAGAACCCGAAGAUAGGGAGAAAGAAGAACCAGAGCUCCACAAGGAAAUUAACUCUUUGAUGAGGAAAUUGUUCACGAAAUUGGACGCUUUGAGCAAUUUCCACUUUACGCCAAAGCCUGCAGUUCCCGAUUUGAAAAUUAUCAGUAAUUUACCGGCGAUUAGUGUGGAAGAAGUGGUGCCAACUGCGGUAAGUGAUGCCACAUUGUUGGCACCUGAAGAAAUACAAAAGAAACCAAAAGGUGAUCUCGUCGGAGUGAAAGAAAGGACAACGACUGAUAAAAAAAGGGAACGGAGAAAAAAGAAAUUGAAGCAAAAAAUUCACGCCAAAAAUAAGAAGGAACCAGUCAAGAAAGCAAAAAAUGUUAAUUUGAUGGAGGACAAGGGAAAGAGGAUAAAGUCGUCCAAGGAGUUUUUCAAUCAGUUGCAAGAACAAGUCCAGGUUUCGCAAAUUAAGAGAAAAGCGGCCCCUACUACCAAUAAAAAGAGCGCGAAAAAAUUAAAAUUGUAAAUGAAUAAAUCCUUACUGUAAA